AAAACAAUGUUAUCUUCUUUUUCUGAUUAUCUAUUUAAUCUAUUUAUACUAUACCGACCUCAUUAAAUCAAUAAAUUAGAAAUUCUAACGAAUCGACUGAGCUAGGGUUCUAUAUUUUAUAGACUAUGGUUAAUGGAUAUCUUUAGAUCAUGAUUCUAUUUAGACUACGAUUCCAUACCCGAAGAAUUCUCAAAUUCCUUUUUAGGCCUGUUAUCAACAAAAAUCCUUAUCAAAAAUCCUUAUCCCAUCUAUCUAUUAAAAAUACAAAUUGAUAAACAAUUUUUUUAUAGUUGAUUGUCUAGUGAUAUCCGCUAAGUACACAAAAAAAAAGGGCCCGUUUUCGUCAUACAAUGAUUACUCGAUUCGAUCCUUUUUUUCUUUGUAUCAUAAUUCAAUCAACUUAGGUUUUUCUAAGCUGUAACUUCAAUCAAAUAAGAAUAGUUUCUUUCGUUGAUAGACUAUUCCAGUAAGAUGGAAUCCAAUGCGGUUCCCAAUAUUUUUUUCUGAAUUCUUAUCAACCAAUUCCUGUUCCUGUAAUGUAAAAAAGAACAAUUCGAAAAUUUUAAUAUUGGGCCAUAUUUUUUAAUGAUAAUGAAUCUGUUUUUAUGUUAUUUCGUACUGUAAAAUUCUUUUCCUUGUGGGAUCAUUUUCCCCCGAGAAGUAAUGAGAACAAUGAUAGAAUGGAUUGCUACCUAUGUCUAGAUCGCGGAUAAAUGGAAAUUUUAUUGAUAAAACCUUUUCGAUUGUAGCCAAUAUCUUAUUACGAAUAAUUCCAACAACUUCAGGAGAAAAAGAGGCAUUUACUUAUUACAGAGAUGGGAUGUCAGCUCAAUCCGAAGGGAAUUAUGCGGAAGCUUUACAGAAUUAUUAUGAAGCUAUGCGACUAGAAAUUGAUCCCUAUGACCGAAGUUAUAUACUGUAUAACAUAGGACUUAUCCACACAAGUAACGGAGAACACACGAAAGCUUUGGAAUAUUAUUUUCGAGCGCUCGAACGAAACCCAUUCUUACCACAAGCUUUUAAUAAUAUGGCCGUGAUCUGUCAUUACCGGGGAGAACAGGCCAUUCAACAGGGGGAUUCUGAAAUUGCGGAGGCUUGGUUCGACCAAGCCGCUGAGUAUUGGAAACAGGCUAUAGCACUUACUCCUGGUAAUUAUAUUGAAGCGCAUAAUUGGUUGAAGAUCACUAGACGUUUCGAAUAAAAAGGAGAACUUUUCUUUAUUAAAAAUG